UGCGGCUCGGGGUUUUGGUUGUGACUGUUGACAGAUCUCACAUUUUAGGUAUCCAUAAAGGUGCUCUUGCCACUGCUGUUGGUUAUAGAGCAAUGUCCUCAAAAAUCCCAAGAGGUAUGCAGUUACCUGCAGAAACGAAGAAAACCGGUCAUAAACUUGAAUCCAGAGACACAGCAACUGUACCCACAACAGUAAAUGCUACUCAGAAAUCAGAUGGUAUCCUUAAACCUCAAAAAGAAAACAUGCAAAGAAAAAAUGUUGCUCCUAAAGUUCAUAAAGGGGUCUCCACCAGGUAUGGGCAACAGGCAGAGCUCAAAGGGCAAAAUCAGCAUCUGAUGGCUACCAAUGAGGAGCUGCAGAAAAACCUCACAGAGACACAGCAAAGAGUAGCUGAGUUGAAGCUGCAGUUCAGUGACCUUGAAAAGGAGAAUGCAGAGGUAAAGAAAAACCUGAGGGACUGCCACGUCCUCCUCGUCUCAGCCAAAAUAGACCCAGUUUUAGGAGAAAAGGUUGGAAAAGCUGCACGAGAAAAUGAAGAUGAAAGAAAAGAAGUUAUGAGUGUCUCCACAAAUCUGCUGAAUGAAUUAAAAACGUUUGGAGAAACUGCAUCACAGCAACGUGCUCGGCUGGAGGAAAUCCAAACAACAAUGACAGACCUCGCUAAAGCACGGGAGCAUAUGAUGCAGGAGAGAGAGGACUUUUCCCUGGAGGCUGCUGAAAUGCAAAAAGCACUUGAGGAAGCAGACGCUCUCCUGUUGUAAAAGUGAAAAAAUCAAUUUCACAAAUUAAAAUGAGUAAUGUAGUGUAUAUUGAUGUGUAAUGUGUGUUAUUGAUGUUAGUGUGGCUGAAACUGAAUAAAGGAUUCUUAUUUCCUCCUG